UUAGUUGAUUAGUGACUUUACAACCUGCUAGAAGGUGAAAUUGUUUAAUUCUUAUUUCGGCAAGAAUGAAAGAGAUUAUUACAAUUUCUCUAGUAAUUUUAGGGUGCUGCGUUAACGUAAUUUUUUUGGAACUUCUGAUUCAAGAGGACCCUGGAAGCGGUAAUCUUAUCACUUUCUCCCAGUUCUUUUUUAUUGCUCUCAAAGGAUUCAUAUUUACCUCAAAAUGUGGCACGGUAAAACCAACUAUAGGACUCAAGAAGUACAUGACCUUGGUUGUUAUGUUCUUCCUUGCCAGCGUCUGCAAAAAUUAUGCUUUAGACUUCAACGUACCCAUGCCUUUGAAUAUAAUAUUCAGUGCUGGUUCUCUGAUAGCAAAUAUAAUCAUGGGGAUGAUAAUACUGAAAAAGAAAUAUGUCUUCAGCAAAUAUAUGUCCGUUUGUUUAAUCACCUUUGGAAUAUUGAUGUGCACCGUAGCAAGUGGAAAAGAUGUAAAGUCGACUCGGGUCCUCCAAACCGAUAGUUCUACAACCGAACCAUGGAAUGAUUUUUACUGGUGGAUUUUCGGCAUUGCUUUGCUAACUGUUGCUCUAUUUAUAUCUGCUAGGAUGGGAAUUUAUCAAGAAGUAUUGUAUGCUCGUCAUGGCAAACAUGCCAAGGAAGCCUUAUUUUACACGCACUUGCUGCCGUUGCCUUUCUUUUCAACUCUAGCAACCAAUAUUCGGGACCAUUUUCUGAUAGCCAUUUAUUCAGAUUCUUUAUAUCUACCUAUUAUUCGCACAAAUGUGCCAAAGUCAAUCGUUUACCUCGUUGGAAACGUAGUCACUCAGUACAUUUGCAUCAGUUCUGUUUACGUGCUUACGACGGAGUGUACGUCGCUGACUGUGACGCUGGUUGUGACGUUGAGAAAAUUUGUGUCCUUAUUAUUUUCUGUCGUGUAUUUUUCGAAUCCAUUCACCAUUCACCAUUGGAUAGGAACGCUUCUUGUUCUUGUUGGGACGAUAAUUUUCACGGAAAUGGUGCCCAAAAUUAAAGAGCAUCUGCGGACACCUUCAAAAUUGAGAAAAAUCAAAUAAUUUACAAUGAAAAUCUCAGUAACAGUAGAAAGGUAGUUUCAUUAUUUAUCAAGUUGAAAAGGAAUAAAAAAGUUAUUCGUGAUCAAAAUUUGUUUCGCGAUAUUUUGAUGUAUUACAUUCUUAUGUAUUUUGAUGCCACAAAACCGUAGACUCUUCUUAUAAUAAAACGUCACAAUUCCUUACCUUA